GUCACCACCUCCCUAAUCAUUCGUUGAUCUUGACCCAUUGAAAGAAAAGCGCUGUCUACUAUCAUUAGUUAUCACCAAUUGCAAUCUAAUUUCGUGUAGAGGUAAUACUAAACCAUUCGACGGCGCCGCCCUAAAUAUGUUCUCUUCGCGGUAGCGUCGUCUUAGCCAAAAAUGAGAGUGCUCUCAAUAAUGAAAAGUUGAUACUGGAGAAGGCACAUUCACGAGGCGGUUAUCCAGACGUUUUGUAUAUGCCUGUGCACGCCUCAAACGGUCCAGGUGAAAAUGCAAAUAUAGAAGUCUCUACCCCAAAGCCCCAAUUCAAGUCGAAGAUCUCUUUAGGGGCUCUGGUGGUGGCGCACCGCCUUCUCGCACCGCCUUCAAUGCACCGCGGCCACACACCGCCGAGGUCACGGUCAAAACGUGCCUUAGCCAAAACUGAGGCUGGACUUGGGGGAUUGAUGUCCUAAACAUUCCACCAGCAUCUGAGACCUCGUCAACAGCCCGGCCAACAUUGACACACACCCAGGCCCAAUGACGUCGA